AUGCCAACACCCAACACACAAAGAAACGAUCAAGAUAAAAUGGGAAAUUUAAUAUUCGUCUCGUUUUUUGCAGCGACGGAUAAAAAUCAACAUCAACUUUCAACUUUUAAAUUAAUUCCAAUGCCUUUCAACCAUGAAAAUCGAAGGGUAAGACUUGCUCAAUUACCAUCAAUGGUGAGCAUCUCGACCAAAAAGAUGGAAAUAAUCCAAUGGACGAAAGAAGAAACCACAGCAUGUCACUUCGAGCUAACAUCAUCAUGUCGUGAAACACCACCGAUCAGAAAAAAUUGGCAAGAAAGUUGCCUAUUCGAAAUAUUAACGGAUUCAAAAUUAACCAACUGUCGAGUCGAAGAAGAAACUGAACCAAUUUUUGUACAAAAAAUCGGAAACAAGCGGGCCAUAUCAACACAGAACCAAACAAGAUGUCAUCGAGUAAUGCAAAAAGAUCAAACUCAACAUAUAAUAACAACAAAUAACGAACUAACUCUUCCAUCAAUUGUCCUACUAACAACGGAUAACUCAACGUCGCUGAGCUGUGACCAUUUCUUUCUUCUACGACCUACAAGCAACAAUAAUAAACAAGUAACGCUCAUCCUUUGGAUUCGCUGGCCCUUCUCUAAAAGACUUUUCCGAAUGCUGAACACAUUCACAGACUUUGAAAGAGACAAAAACGCACUGCGAUUGCUACUAGUGCUCAACUGA